AUGAACGAAACAGGGUCGAGCGGAACGGCAGCAGCAGCAGCAGCAGAUGUGCCGCCGGAGACAAUUGAGGAUGUGCUUGCCGGUGCCAUGUGGGUGACGGGCCUUACUGAUCCCGCACUGUGCCUCGAUCGCCUCCACGAGACGUUCAACGAAGUUAUCUUCAGCUGCGUCGAGCAGGAGCCGGAGACGGAGGAGCUCGUCGGGCGGCUCAAAACGGCGGCCGACCGCCAGCGGGAAGAGCGGGCAAAGGAGGACCUCCGUCGGGCCCUGAUGGAGCUGCAGGACAACACGUACGUGGACGAUGGGGUGGAUGAGGAGGAAGAGGCGGUAGGCAGUGCGGCAGCGGGGGACGGUGAUGACGACGACGACGAAGACUUCUCUGAUGAUUCGCAACUCAUGGAUGAUGAGGAGUUUUUGUCGUGGAUCCACCGCAACGACGCUCAGCGCGGCGAAGAUAAUGUGGAGUUGAUUGCUGGGCCUUCUGCCGAUGGUACCACUGCUACUAGCGGCGUGGAGCUCGAGUUGCACCGCGUCGGCCUCAGCGAAGAGGACAGACAUCUGACGGAGGACAUCCUGCCGGAGCGGUUGAAAGCGAUUGAGGUAAAGGAGAGGCGGCCACGGCUUGGCUCACGACAGUUGCUGCACGGAUACUCAUACAGGAUCCCGUUGGAGUACGAGGCCUUCUGGAUCCUCCGACAACUCCGCAGCGCUGGACAGCCGCUAGCGCACAACACGCGCAUCUGCGCCAUCGCGACACGGCCUCCUGCGGAAGUAGCGGAUGAACCGGUUGUUGUUGCUAUUGCCUACGCACUGCGAAAGAUGACGCAGGAGUACUUGGAGCCCGCACAUCUGAUGAUGUAUCACCAAAGUGCGCUGCAUCCGUUACUGUGCGCCGUGCUGGAGGCCUCACCGCUCAUGGAGUCGGCAGAGUGUAUGCUUCCUGUCGCGUCCUAUGCGUACAGCUUGGAAACGGGGCGGCGACAGCGUCCGUACGUGUCUGAAACUUAUGUUGGCUUCUCGGCGGUAGCUGACCGCCCCAUUGGAGAUGAAGACCUCGCAUGGCGGCGUCUCGAUGGCGAAAACAACGAUUUUGCACAACGCAAGCCGUGCUUUAUUGAACUCGGCCGUAUUUUGGUGCGCAUCCUCGAGCUCGACGUGCUAUGCCAUCGUCUCGAAUGCAAUCGGCAGCAGCUUUUGCUAAAGCUUAAAGACCAACCGGAGUCGAGUGUGCAAGAGCAGCGGGUUGCGUUGGAGGGUCUCGUAUUUGAGAGCGGCAUAGAGGCGGAUCUCUGGCAGACAUUUGUCAGCUCCCUCACUGCAAGCCGUGGCCGUGGCCCGACGCAAGUAUUGAAGUCUCUCGGCCUGGAGAACGCCUUCAAGGAGUACACCAUCACUGGACUGCAGUACCAGGAGAACCUGCUUGCCAAUGCGCCGAUUCACGUGUGCCAGUCGCCGCAGUCGACGCCACUGAUGGAGUGGGCGCAGCAGGUUGGUGCCACUGCACGCACACCGCGCUCCGGUGAGGCGGUACUGUCUCUCUUCAACCAGGCGAUUGUGGAGCAGUUCUCGAAGCUUCCAAUACUCCGCAAGCGACUGUUUGAUGUCUUCUGUGCAGAAGGUGACCUCAUCGUCACAUACAAGCAGUGCAAACGUAAAGAUGACGUGUACCCAUUAGCAACCUUCUUUGUUGAGCACCCACGGCAUUACCUCGACCUUCUUGAGCGUGAGCGACAGGGGAGUGUGGGGCUCUACUACGUCCUCAGCGAGGAGCUUGUGCGCCGCGAGGUGAAACUGCGUCAGCUGUACGACCGCUCAGCUACUGAUGAAUGGUCAGCCGAGCGGGAACGGGCGAUGGAGCUGCUGUUGCUGCGGCUGGUGGAUGGGCUCAUCCCGAAGGUGAAGGCAGAGCUCAGCCAAUUUGCACAGCAUUGCGUGCAAACACAGAGUGUCGAGCGUCUUGGCCUCAUGUGCGCACAAGGCCCGUACGAGCCUACGCGUUUGUGCCUUGCUGCGUUUGAUGAGGAUGUGCUUGCAUGGGAAUCAGAGUGGAAUAUCGUUGAGGCCCUCCCACUCAAAAGGGUGCUUGGCCACGGUCGCCAACCGCUCCCGCGUGUGUGUGCUGCUUACCGCAGCGACACUGGCGUGACGUACCUGAGCUUUGUUGAUGAGGCCGGCUGCUUUAUUGGCUCUACGCGGUGGGCAGACUGUGCCCUAAAUUCCGAGAGUGGCCGGGCGGCUGAUUUGCUGCAGAACAUCCAACUGGAGAAGCUGUUUGCACGAUGCAAUCCCACUGUGAUUGCUGUUGGUGCUUCCAACGUGGAAUCGCUCUCGCUCAUGCGCUCGCUGCUGCGGUUCUUACGGGAGCGUGUGUACGCCACAUUCCACGUGCACAUCCCUGUUGUGUGGGCGCCAGUGGAGGUGGCGCGGCUUUACAGUAGCACGACAUACGCUGACCUUGAGACCCCUGGUGCGGACCCGCUUUCCCGUACUUCGGUGGCGCUGGCACGGUACGUGCAGGACCCACUCAGCGUCAGCUGUGCCUUGUUUGACAAGGAGCGGACGGCGCUGCGUCUCUCACUCGGUGCAACUGUGCACACAACGAGUGAGCAGGAGGAUCAGCUGUAUGUGCGGAUGUGCUGGGAGAUGAGCCUGUGGGUCACGGCUUGUGGCGUCUGGGUCGAGGAUUGUGUCACACGUCCCAACUCUGUGGCACCGCUGCAAUUUCUGGCGGGGUUUGGCCCAUCACGGGCGCGCAAGUUGCACCAACUGCUGGCGUCACGGCGUCCGGUGAGCCGCGAGGAGUGCGGCCACAUUAUUGCGGAGAGCUUCGGCGACUACGUUGCACGCAAUGCGACGUGUUCGCUGCGAGUGGGGCCUCCGACUGACGGAAGCUCUGGCGAUGCGACUUCACUGUCUCGCUGGCAUCUGCUCGACCAGACGCUGCUACCACCGCAGUGGUACGGCGCCGCCGCUUUCGUUGCGCGGGCUGCACUGAAGAACGUUCCGUCAAAACUCGUCGCACUGGUGGACUUCAUGCGGUUGGAAGCAGCAGAGAAGCGCGACCGCAUUGACCGCCAUGCACACCAGCAGGACAUGACGACCGCUAUACGCCAGCAGCACCGGCCAGAGUGGGAGUCGCUGCUUGGCGAACGUGAGGUGGAGCUGCUGCAGGAGGAGAUGAUAGCGGCUGGAAAGUCGUUCCUGCGGCGACCUUACCGACGGCUGUCGCACCGCGAGCUCAUGACGUGCUUGACUGGCAUCGUGUACUGCACACGGGGUGACGCGCCCUUCACAAGCCGCGCCGUUGACACAAGGUCGCUGAUGAUCUGCGAGGGCGACUACAUGACAGGAACAGUGCAGGGCGUACGCGGUGGCGGCCCAAUGAUUGGCGUCCGCCUCGCAACGUCGUGCGGCCUUGGCGCCUUUAUCGCCGCUGACGACAUUGACGACGACACAAUGAAACAGGAGGUGCUGCAGCAUAUCCCGCCGCCGCGUGAGGCGGGUGGUGCGGUGCAGCCGCCGCCGCUCCACACUGCUGUUGCGAGUUGGCUGCGCCGCGGUGCUCCCAUUCAGGGUAUUAUAAUCGGUUGCAACUGGGAGCGGUGUGAGCUGCGUCUGCGGUGGUGCCGCCCACGCGACGCCAAUCCUGGCAACAAGCACAAAAACAACAACAACGGAAACAGGAAUAAUAAGCGAAACAUGACGCAGGACGAGGAAAUCGAGAACGAUGAUGAUGAUGAUGAUGAUGAUGAACACUAUGUCUCGUACGCCGCGGUUAUUAAUGAUGCGGCGAGUAGCGCGAACUCCCUUCGCACGGUGCGGCUGAAUAUGGAUGCGCGUGUCUUUGCGACAAAGAUAUCACGCCACCCGCUCUUCCGCGACACCAGCAGCGCCACCGCGCACGCGUACCUGCACGACAAGAAGAUUGGGGAGGUCAUUCUCCGCCCUGCAACCGGCACGCGCAACAAGGCGAUUGCGGUGGUGAAGAUUGGCGAGCGGUCCAUGUGUAACUGGCUUAUCAGUGAAGAGCGCCACUCGGACGGCGCCAUCUACUAUCGCCUUCGGGACAAAGUGACCGGUCGCGAGGCGGAGUUCGGCGACGUGGAUGAGUUCCUCAAUGGAUUCAUCGCGCCGAUGGUGGCGCUCGUGCGCGACAUCCGCGAGCACCGGCGCUUCGUUGAGAGCGCGCGUGAAGUGCAGGAUGCCCUCGAUGCACAGAGGCGCAGCGGCCUCGGCUUCACGUACGUCUUGGCGGAGGUCGGCCAGCAGUCACGGCCGCCGUUUUACCGCGUCUUUACACGUGGUGGCGCGACGGAGCGCAACUUCUACCUGCACAUCGACGACAGCAGCAUCUAUGUGCGUGUGCCGAUCCGCCGUGGCGGAAGGGGCGGCGGCGGCGGCGUCGACCUCAAGUGGGUAAAGUGCCGCAACGCGGAGCAUGUCAGCGAAGUCGUGAAGGGCCUCGCACGGCCUCGCUAA